AUGUCCUUGGCGUCAGUACACAUGCCAGCAGACGUAUACUAUGCUUGUACUCUACAUGCAUUGUCAGUCGAAGAAGAGGAGGUUAUGGGUUUAUUAAUUGGAAAGUUUGAAGAUGGAGAUGCAUACAUAAUAUCUUUAAUAAUUCUUCAACGAUCAGAUAAAAGAAAGGAUAGGGUUGAAAUUUCAACUGAGCAAUUGCAUUCUGCAAUGGUAAAAACUUCUGAGUUAAGUGAUUCUUUAGGAGAACCAAUAAACGUUUUAGGAUGGUAUCAUUCCCAUCCUCAUAUAACGGUUCAGCCUUCUCAUGUAGAUUUAAGAACUCAAGCAUCCUAUCAAAUGAUGGAUAAUAGAUUCAUAGGAGUAAUAUUUUCAGUAUUUAAUGUAGAUAAAACUAAGGGACAAGAAAUUCAAGUUACAUGUUUUCAAGCUGCGAGGCAAGGUAAAGAAGGUCCUUAUGAAAAAGUUGAAGUCCCAUUAUUUGUAGAAGCUGUAAAAAAUUUUUCUACACCAUGUUCGGAAUCUAUAUUUCAAUUGCCAGAAAUCAUUAGCCAGGAAGAUUUGACCAAUUACCAUGAAAUAAGCAAAAGUUGUGAGAAUAGUUAUUUAAAUAAAUUACAGAAUGAUUCAGCUUUUGUUAUAUCUCAGUGUCAUAUUUUAAGUGCAACUGUCAAUCCUUUAUUGUUAAAUGCCGAAGUCAGAUUUAAACAUAAUAUAUUUACCGUCAAGGACCUGAAGGAAGAAAAAGAAAAGUUAUUAAAAUUGUUAAAAGAAACUUCGGAUGAUAAAGAAUCAGAUUGUGAAUAUUAA